UAAAGUGUUGUAGUAGUAGUAGCAGGACAUUAAAUAUUAAUUUGUUUGUGUCUUUCUGAGAAGCCUUUAUUGGAGGAGUACACUCUACUAUUUGUUCUCUUCCUCUUUGUCCAUUCAAACACAGAGAGAUUAGAGAGUGUUGGAGAGAAGAAGAGAUAGAGAGAGCUGCUCUAGGCUUCAAGAUAGUACUAUUUUGAAUUAUCAACUGGUAGUUGUUUGCUAGAGAAGGUGAAAGAAAAGAUGAUGAGCGCAUCAAAGUUCAUAAAAUGUGUAACAGUUGGUGAUGGUGCAGUUGGGAAGACAUGUAUGCUCAUUUGUUAUACCAGUAACAAGUUCCCUACUGAUUAUGUGCCCACAGUUUUUGACAACUUCAGUGCAAAUGUGGCUGUUGAUGGGAACAUUGUAAACUUGGGAUUAUGGGAUACUGCAGGUCAAGAAGAUUAUAGUAGAUUGAGACCAUUGAGUUACAGAGGAGCUGACAUUUUUGUUUUGGCUUUCUCUUUACUCAGCAGAGCUAGCUAUGAAAAUGUACUCAAAAAGUGGAUGCCUGAACUUCGGCGAUUUGCACCCAAUGUUCCAAUUAUUCUCGUGGGUACAAAAUUAGAUCUUCGCGACAACAGAGGAUAUAUGAAUGACCAUAUGGAUUAUGGUGCAAUAACGUCUGCGCAGGGUGAAGAAUUGAGGAAACAGAUUGGUGCAGCAGCUUACAUAGAGUGCAGUUCUAAAACUCAACAGAAUAUCAAAGCUGUUUUUGAUACUGCUAUCAAGGCUGUUCUGCAACCUCCUAAAAGGAAGGAAAUGCCAAAGAUGAGACGGCGAAGAAGUACUAGUCGCUCAAUUAUGACGGUGAUGUGCGGAGGAUGUGCUGCUUAGGCCACUCAAGUGGGGUUUAUGGGGUGCAGUAGUAGCAAUAGAAGCCCACUCUUGGAUGCAGUAACCAUGUUUUGUCUCAAUAUCUCCUUGGCUUUUUGAAGGACUGGUGUCACAUGAAAAAGCCACUUAACAUGCUUAUGGUACUUUGUGUAAUAGUUUUUGUUUUGGGAUUAUGAUGGUGUAAAACUUUUUCUAACAAAUUGGUUAUUGAACUAUCUCCCUCGGUUGUGGCAGAAGGGAAUUUAUCGUUCUCUUGGGCUAGGAUAUAUAUAUUAUGGAAAAUGUCUUUCUUUGUC